UACAUCAAAGACCGCGCCAAGCGCCGCAGCCUCUGUGCCAAACGCCGUAAAGCCCUGAUGAAGGGCGUCUAUGAGCUUUCCGUUUCUACGGGCAGCGAUGUUCUUUUGCUUGUUGCGACUGAAGACGGCUCGAUCUUCACACAUUCAAGCCCGCGUCUCAAGCAUUUUAUAAAUGACGCUAGUGGU